AUGAUUGAUGGAACAGCUGGCUCUGAAACUGUCUUGUGCACACAAGUCUCCUCAAAUAAUACCACAGAACAACACGACGACGAACAAAAUCUCUUUCCGACCAUUACAGACCUCUCUCAAAUGAUCGAUGCCAUAGGUUCUGACACCGAUGAUUUCAAAUUUAUGGAACAAGACAAUUAUUUAUUUUACUGUUAUGGGAGAGUGAAGAGUACAACAUUUCCUCCACUCUUCACUCUGUCCAACGAUCAGAUUCAGAUUUCGGAAGAAGAAUUAAAAAGAAGGAAAAUUAGAAGAGAAAUCAGAGGAUUGGCUUUUGAAAAAUCGAGUGGAAAAUUGGUGAGCAGAUGUUUGCAUAAAUUCUUUAAUUUAGUGGAUGAAAAUGAAGAGUCCUCCAUUCAAACUCUAGAAUCUCGAUUCAACACUCAUACGAAAUCGAUCAACUUGUUAGACAUUUUCCUGGUAUUGGAAAAACUAGAUGGCUCUAUGGUCAUGCCCAUUCGUGUCCACAAUAAUCAUAUUGUAUUCAGAACCAAAAGAGGAUAUUUCAACAAUGUGACCAAUGAAGCAGAUUUAUUUGUUCACAACACUCAAUUUCAUCAUCAUCAUCAUUCAGGCGAUACAGCACCUGAAAAAAGAAUGCAAUAUUUGGAGUUUUGUGAAUAUACCAUGAAACAGGGACUCACUCCCAUCUUUGAAUUCUACUCGAAACAAAACAUGGUGGUAGUCGAAUACUCCGAGACAUUUCUCACAUUAAUUGCCAUUCGUUCCACCUCUCAUGGGACAUACAUGCCUUACGAGGAAAUGUGUGAAUUGUGUGAAAAAUUUAAUGUUCCUUAUGUGACGUGUAUUUUCAGUUCAAAGAGUAAUAAUAACACUCGAGUUAGAAGAAGCAACAAUUGUACAAUGGACAGCACUGACUCUUCACCACCAUUCAACACACCACUGAUCAUUCACACUUUUGAAGAAUUAAAAAACAAAGUCAAUGAAUUGCGAGGUAUUGAGGGAGUGGUAUUGAGACACAAGAAGACUGGAGAAAUGUUCAAACUCAAAACUAAAUGGUAUUCUGAACUUCACAAAAAGAAACAGCUCAUUACCGAUUCGAAUCCAUCUCCUUCUCAUGUUUGGAAAUUAGUAUUGGACGAGAGUGUGGAUGAUUUUCUUCCAUUCUUAAAUACUGAGAAAGAAAAACAAGAAUUGAGACGAUUCAAUGAUCAAGUAUGGAAUGCCAUUGAUGAAUGUGCGGAGAAUGCCCUAAAAGUCGUGCAAGAGGCAAUGAAUCAUUCUCACUGCGAGUUGAAUGGUGCUGUUGAUGUUGCUGCUUCUUCGAUCCGUGCCAUGAGUUCCCAUUCGUCAUCAUCUCAACAAGAAACUCAACCAUCAUCAUCACCAUUGCCUACAUUCAGAGCGAAGGAAAUUUCUCAAUACAUUACCGAUCAUACCAAUCAUAAUAUCAUAUUUCGUAAAAUUGUAUUUAAGGUGAAGGGAGAGCUUGAUAAGAGGAAACUUCAACAAUCGAUGGAUUUCAAGCAAUCAUUGAAAGAGAUACAUGCAUGUACGAACACUAACAAAGGAAUUAUGAGCAUUAUGACACCCCAAGAAGUUGUCAAAUACUUUAUCAUGCAAUACAUUUUCAAAGACUUGGAGUUAGUGAAGGAGUGUUUGAAUCGACCACAUUUGGUAUAUAAUAAUUAUAGAGUAAUUUGA